AUGACAGGCCAAGGCCCAAAGGGCCUACAAUCCAAGGCAGUUUGUCCGAUCUGUUGUAUAUCCACCGCCACCAGAACCUAUCCGGAAAAAGGAUCCGGGUUUUUACCCUAUCCAAUACGAGAGAAGGCGGAGAACAGGUCUCAUGGGCCUGCCUCGCCCCGCCCCAUUGCCAUCCCUGAACCGAAGUGUAUGUGCAUUGGGCGGUCGUACAGACGGAUGCAGCUCGUGCAAAUUUUAGGGCGCUUCUCCAUCUUAGUCAUUCAAGAUUUGAGCAGCAAUGUAAUGUUUGAAAUUGUUGCCAUUUUGACGUUUUUGAAGGAUUAA